UCGUGGUGAACUAAAGACACGAGAGCACCUGUCAUGGCUGCUUUGUGAUUGCUGCAGUAUCAUACUUAGAACGCUUCACAGCUGGCAAAAUACACGCAUCGUCAUGUCGAAAUCAAUUAUUGUGCGUGUGCAAUCUGCCGUCCAUGGCACCAAACGAGUAGAUACAAAGGCAUCAGAAUCGGUUGCAGUCCUGCUUGACAAGAUCCAAAAGGAAUUUAAUCUUGGGGAUACAGGAUGGAAUGUUUUUCAGAAUCGAAACAAAACUGGCAUUCUUCGCAAUUCACGAGCAAAGACAAUUGAUUCAUACAAGAUAAAACAUGGUGACAUGCUGUACUUGUUAUCUGAUGAGAAGUUAUUAUCAGCUGGAGACCAGGCCGAGCCGAUGGACACUGGGAGACCAUCAUCCUCCAACUCUGUCCGCGAAGAUGAGGUUGAUGUCAUCCUAAGCAAAGAAGAUGGCAAAAUAUACAGGAGUAGAAAUGAACAACUGUGUCAUCAUGGUCCUAAAGGGAAGUGUCUUCACUGUGUUCCUCUUGAACCUUAUGAUGAAGAAUUUCUAAAAAGCUGUGAACCACCUAUCAAGUUUUUGUCUUUCCACUCUUACAUCAGGAAGCUAACAGGAGGUGUUGACCGGGGGAAAUUUGUUAAUUUGGAAAACAUAAGUUGUAAGAUAAAAUCAGGUUGCAAGGAACAUCCCCCGUGGCCUGGAGGUAUAUGUACAAAAUGCCAGCCAAAUGCUGUUACACUCAACAGACAGAAAUAUCGCCAUGUUGACAAUAUCAUGUUUGAGAACCCUGUUGUUGCUGACCGCUUCCUCAACUACUGGAGAAGCACAGGUAACCAGAGACUUGGUAUCCUGUAUGGCAGAUACGAACCUCACAAAGACGUCCCACUGGGCAUAAAAGCAACAGUUGCGGCUAUAUAUGAACCUCCUCAGCAAAGUUCCAAGAACAAGAUUGAGCUACUGCCAGAUGAAAAUGAAGCGGUUAUAAACGAGGUAGCAGAAAAACUGGGAGUGAUGCCAGUUGGAUGGAUAUUCUCUGAUCUUGUAGCUGAAGAUCUCACCAAGGGCACUGUUAAGAACUUCAGAGGAAACAUGGAUGCCCACUUUCUGAGUUCAGAGGAAUGCAUUAUGGCAGCAGACUUCCAAAAUAAGUAUCCGAACCCAUGUAAACUGUCCUCUAAUGGACACUUUGGGUCGAAGUUUGUCACCAUAGUAGUCACAGGUGACAACAACAACCAGAUCCACUUCGACGGCUACCAGGUUUCCAAUCAAUGCAUGGCAUUAGUGAGAGAUGACUGCCUUAUUCCCACUAAAGAUGUUCCCGAGCUGGGCUAUGUCAAAGAGUCAACGAAUGAACAAUAUGUCCCUGAUGUCUUUUAUAAAAACAAAGACAACUAUGGGAAUGAGGUAACUCAGCUUGCUCGCCCCCUCCCAGUGGAGUACCUCCUGGUAGACCUCCCAGCAGCCUUCCCGGUCCAGCCACAAUACACGUUCCAGACAAACAAUGGCCUGAAACCCUUCCCUGUAGAAAACCGUGCUAACAUUGGGGAAUGUCAGGACUUCACCAGCUUAGUGCAGUACAUGGAACAGUUUCCACCUAACCGUUUCCUGGAUGCAAUGUCAGACUUUCACCUUCUGCUGUUCUUGGCAACAUCAGAUCUGCUGCCUCUCAAAGACAGGAUGAGUGUGGCGCUAGAAGCAGUUAGGACAAGGAGUGAAGAUAAGGCAUUAGAGUUCAAGAGAAGUGAGGAAUGGGCAACUGUUGAAGAAAUGAUGUCCGCACAUGCGCCGUCCCCACCGAUGUCCCGCCAGGCGUCCUAUGUUGGCCCUGGUGCAGCCCCUCUGCCACCUAUUGGCAGCACUGCCAGUUCAUGGACUUGUGAUCACUGUACAUACAUCAACAAGCCUGAACAUACAGCCUGUGAUAUCUGCUCUCUACCACGAUGAACGCCUGGCUAGCUCCGUCUAGGUCUAUAUGCAGGAAGAACGAUUGUUGAGAUCAUGAACCCAAGUCAACACACACCUUGCUCAUGUCUUACGGUUGUGGGAAUAACAUGGGAAUACAGUCCUCCUUGUUAAUGCAUGUUUAAUGUUCAUAUAUAAUCAAACGCAAUUAUGUAUAUGAACAAGUAAAGCAAGUUCAGCAAGAACCGAGUGGCUCAGUGGUACUGUGUUUCCUCCUCAUCAAUAAGGCCUGGGUUUGAUUCUAUAGUUGGAAGAUUUGAAGUCCAUUCUCUGUGUCCUCUGCUGUGGUAGUGCUUCAUGACUGACAUGGGACUUCUAAGACCAAAGUGCCCCUGACUGACAAGAUAUGAAAGGAAUGUUUCUGACUUGGGCUGAUGAGCCGUUGAUGAAUACUGUCACAGAUGUAAGAUGUAACUGAAGAAUUUGUGAUGACAUUGUAAGUGCUAUCAAUAAUGUGAGUUUAUGUAAAGAAAUAGGUCUGGCUCAUUUUGGCUGUUUGGAUGUGCUGUUUAUAUGUAUAGAAUGUUAAAACAAAAGGAUGUUUCCCAAGACAGGAGACUGUUUAUACUGUGGCACACUUGGAAGGGGAAUGUUGCCCCAGCAUUACUCCUUUGAUCUUGUUAGAAGAUGUUUGGAUGUGCCAUGGUGUUCCAAGCAUAUCUGUAGAUGCCUGUCUUACACUCAUUGUCAAAAUGGUUUCAAGUAGGAAAGAAGGAGAAAAGCUUUGGAAGGAUAUCAGUCCUGAUUAAGAAAGAAAUAAGUAAUCUCAAAAAAGAAGAUGUUUUUCCUCAGAAAAGUGGACAAGCUUUAUUGUCUCCCACUGGAGAAGCUUCUGGAGAAAAAGUUCCAUUUACUGCUAUUAUGACUUAGUUUGAUUCCAUCAUCUGGCUGGCCUCUACUAUUUACAAUAUAAACAGUUGUGUUAUUAGCAUUGGGUUUCCCCCUGUAUUUAGUGUUAGUAAGACUGGCUUCAUGUUGUAAUGUUUUGCUUGCCACAAACUUCAGUCAGAAAAGGCUAUGAGCUUCAAGGCACAUGAUAUGAAUAGAGUCUAAUACAGUUUUCAGGUCUUAUAAAUAUUUUCAUCUGAAUUGUAUCUAUCAAAGUGUGAUACCUUUUUGAUAAAUCAUUCAUCAAGACUGGCAAAUGUACUUACAAUUUGAUACGGAUUCUGAAAAUUUAAAAUUAGAAAACCAGAUACUGAUAUAUAUUUUAGCUAUUUCAUAUGGGAGUACAAAUCCCAAACUAUGAUUUAUUAUCUACAACUUGGCAGAUGGCACAUAAGGAUCUGUUCCUACAUGUCAUACAGUUACGCUGCAGUCUAAAGAGAUUUUGGAAGCAGACUGAACUGGGAGAGCUGUAUUCAUUAUACUCUAAAAAAGAAAUUUAUGUAUAGCAGGGUCUUUGACAUGGACACCAUUCUACAAAGCAAUUAAACUGCUAAGGUAAUCAUGACUCUGAAUACUUCCUAUAGACUUACAGUAGUGCUAAAGUGUUGAAGAGAACCAUGGUCAGAUCCAGAAGUUUGUGAAGAGGAUCCACAUUUGUGGAUUGUAGUGAUCUAUACAUACCUGAUCACAGAUGGACAUAUAUGUGGCCUCAGCAUUAAGAUCAAAUGAUUUGGGCGAAUGGUUGGAUUGAAUUUGUAGUCGAUAUACCCGAUAAUGCAAACUAGGCUACAAGUAGCUGUGAUCACUAUUCCUAAGAAUGGCCUAAGUAGCAAACAGUGUUCUGAUGGCAUGAGCAUUUAUUUUGUUUAUUCAAAGUCAUUUCAUUUAAUUUCUCAUAUAAAUAUUCAAUUUUAACUAAGAUAACCUUUUGGUGGCUAUUUUUUUUUGCCAUAUGGCCAGAACAAACUUUUCAGUUGGACAUCUGUCAGCUUGGUUAUUUCUGUCAAAAUACAAGCUGUAAAUGCAUUAAGGUGCAAUGCCGGAUACAUUUAUGUUCAUUUUUAUAAGCUAGAGAGGACACUUGUUUCUUCUUCAACCAGCACUGAUUUUAUACAAGAGGGUUUGAACCCAUGCAAAAUAUUGUCUGAGCGUCAAGUUUGAUGUUCUAUAUCACACUGGACCUGUGCCCUGUGUGGACCUUAUGUAUCAUUUGGUCCUCUGUUUCUUCACUUUCAUGUAAGAAAUUCUGCAGUGCCUAUGUUUGUUGCUGACUGUUUGCAAUCAAGGGAAACUGACUGGAAGUGAUUGUAGCAAACAGUAUCUGGUAUCAUCAGAUAUCUCCGUCUUUCUGCAAGCACCAUAUUUUACAGUCUGGAGUUGCAAAAUUUGUUAUUGCUUCAUCAGUUCACAUGGAAGUGAACAUAUGUUUCAUCGUUAGACAAAUUGUUCACCAGUUGUCAAGAUAUAGAAAGGCAUCAUUGGCAGGUUUAAUUUAUUGUACAUUUAGUUCCUUGUUUGAUGAUUUCAAAUGUAUUUUAAGUUUAACCAGGAAGUAUUUGGGGCCAGCAGUGGUAAGUUCAGGCUAAAAGUUCUAUUAAACAGUAAAUUAGGCUUGAUACACCAAGUACACAAAUGUACAUGUAUUUGUUAAUUGAAAGCAUAAUUUAUUUUCUUGUGUGUAUAUUAUGCCUUUAUCAAGAGGCAAAGCCAUCCAUGUUAAUAAACAUCAUCACUCA